CUCAUUCUUUAAUAAAAUAAAAAAAAAAAUGCCAUGGACACAACAAUAGUUUCCGAUGGUUUGUUGCCAAUAGUAACAAAAGCGCAGCGCCCCAAGAAACAUGUGCUUAUUGGGGCCACAGGGAGUGUUGCAAGUGUAAAAAUACCCAUUAUUGUAAAGACUCUUUUAGAGGAAAUGGGAGAUCUAAUUGAAGUCAAGGUAGUAGCGACUACUUUUGCCCUCCAUUUUUUUGACCCAAAGCAAGUCCCUGCAGAGGUCCUAACAGACCAGAAUGAGUGGAGUACGUGGAACAAAUUAUCCGAUCCAGUUUUGCAUAUCGAGUUAAGGAACUGGGCAGACAUGUUCAUCAUUUGUCCCCUUGAUGCCAACACAUUGGCUAAAAUAGCCCAAGGUCUAUGUGAUAACUUGAUUACCUGUAUUCUUCGUGCUUGGGAUGAAAAACGCCUAGUGAUUGUCUGCCCAGCCAUGAACACCAACAUGUGGAACCACAAGCUUACUGAUAUACAUCUCACAACCCUGAAAGAUGUUCUUGGUUAUAGUGUGAUCCCGCCUAUCAGCAAAUUGCUCGCCUGCGGUGAUCUAGGUAUUGGCGCAAUGGCUGAAUACCGUACAAUUGUGGAUGAGAUCGAGCGGCGCGUUAAAUCCUUGGAUAGACAAGAAUAGAAUAGCUUAUACAAGGAGCUUGAGUUUACAUGAGACAUGUAUACUUGCAUCGAAAU